AAAAUCCACAACAAGUAGCUGUUGAGAUGGUUGUUGAUGCAGAGAAGGAGAUGGUGGUUGAGAAUCCUUUAACUCCUGGUGCCACACAAGAUGCUGAAAAAGAAAAAGGCUAUAAUGAAGAUGCUGAGAUGGAGACCGUUUCAAAAAACCUGGAAGAAGACGUAGGAGGGGAGUUUGUACCAAGAACAGAAUUUUUGAAGAGGUCACCAUUGAAGAAAAAGUCAGUAUUCAAGCGAAAAGCAAACAAGGCAGAAGAGGAUGGGAAGCAACCAGGAAGCAAGGUAAGAAGAAUCAAGGAAAGGACAACAUGUAAUCAAAGGACAACCAGUGUACUACUCAAAGAUUGUGAGCUAGGGAAGCAGAAGAAGCAAAAAGACAAGCCUGAUGAGAAUAAAGUUGAAGAAGAAAAUCCCCGUACGUCUACUGGCUUGCCGUUCAGAAAAUUACCUCCGCUGGAAACAAUGGAAUGCUUUCAAGAUUACAAGGAUACAAUAGAACCAUCCAUGAUGGAAGUACCGAAGACAUACUUUGAGAAUGCCAACAGCCUAAAUUCGGCUUGGAGUAUCAGAGAAGGAGAAGACCCGUACUUGGGAUAUUCGGAUUCACAGAGAUAUAAUAAGGCAGCUAAUGAACAACGAAUACUUAGAAGACCAAGUAGUACGCUACUACAGUUAUAGGUUGUUCAAGAAGCGGGAAAAUGAAAAGAUGGCUGAUAGUGUUGAACAUAGGUAUGCGGAGUCUGCAUUCAUGAUGCCAGAUGCUUGGAUAAGUCAAGAAAAUAAAAUCAUUUUGCUGCAUAACAAGUCAUUCCUUCAUAUUAUCUUAUGCCCAUAUAAUUACUUCAGC